AUGGCCCCUCCCACGGUCUACAGGGUGGACUAUAACGCCACAUACGAGUGUUUUGCCAGCGGAGGAUUCCUCCGGCUAAAUGGGACAAUGGUGGGAAACACGACGACUCUUAAUAUUAGCAGCAUUAUUGAUAAGGAAUUUAUCUACCACAUUCCCUACAACCCUGGUCCAUACCACCCUGGUCCAUUCAACCCUGGUCCCUACAACCCUGGUCCAUACAACCCUGGUCCCCACAACCCUGGUCCAUACAACCCUGGUCCCUACAACCCUGGUCCAUGCAAGUCUGGUCCAUACAACCCUGGUCCCUACAACCUUGGUCCAUACAACCCUGGUCCAUACAACCCUGGUCCCUACAACCCUGGUCCAUACAACCCUGGUCCCCACAACCCUGGUCCAUACAACCCUGGUCCCUACAACCCUGGUCCAUACCAGGCUGGUCCAAAUGAGUCUAGAACCUACAACCCUGGUCCCUACAACCCUGGUCGAUACCACCCUGGUCCCUACAACCCUGGUCCCUACAACACUGGUCCAUACAACCCUGGUCCCUACAACCCUGGUCCAUACCACCCUGGUCCAUACAACCCUGGUCCAUACAACCCUGGUCCAUACAACCCUGGUCCCCACAACCCUGGUCCAUACAACCUUGGUCCCUACAACCUUGGUCCAUACAACCCUGGUCCAUACAACCCUGGUCCCUACAACCCUGGUCCCUACAACACUGGUCCAUACAACCCUGGUCCAAAUGAGUCUAGAACCUACGACCCUGGUCCCUACAACCCUGGUCCCUACAACCCUGGUCGAUACCACCCUGGUCCCUACAACCCUGGUCCCUACAACACUGGUCCAUACAACCCUGGUCCCUCCAACCCUGGUCCAUACCACCCUGGUCCCUACAACCCUGGUCCAUACAACCCUGGUCCAUAUAACCCUGGUCCCCACAACCCUGGUCCAUACAACCCUGGUCCCUACAACCCUGGUCCAUACCAGGCUGGUCCAAAUGAGUCUAGUCUCUACAACCCUGGUCCCUACAACCCUGGUCCACACAAACCUGGUCCCUACAACCCUGGUCCACACAAACCUGGUCCCUACAACCCUGGCCCAUACAACCCUGGUCGAUACCACCCUGGUCCCUACAACCCUGGUCCCUACAACCCUGGUCCAUACAACCCUGGUCCCUACAACCCUGGUCCAUACCACCCUGGUCCCUACAACCCUGGUCCAUACAACCAUGGUCCAUACAACCCUGGUCCCCACAACCCUGGGCCAUACAACCCUGGUCCAUACAGGUCUGGUCCAUACAACCCUGGUCCAUACAACCCUGGUCCCUACAACCCUGGUCCAUGCAAGUCUGGUCCAUACAACCCUGGUCCCUACAACCUUGGUCCAUACAAAUCUGGUCUAUACAACCCUGGUCCCUACAUACCUGGUCCAUGCAAGUCUGGUCCAUACAACCCUGGUCCCUACAACCUUGGUCCAUACAACCCUGGUCCAUACAAAUCUGGUCCACACAACCCUGGUUCCUACAACCCUGGUCCAUGCAAGUCUGGUCCAUACAACCCUGGUCCCUACAACCCUGGUCCACACAAACCCUGGUCCCUACCCCACCAGCCAGUUGCCCCUCUGUGGCUGAGACUCCAGGCAGGGCAGAAAGAGAUCCAGGGACAUCCUUUGUUUCCGAAAAGAGAGAGAGAGAGAGAGAGCGAGAGAGAUGUAUCCUGA